AUGUUCCCCAAGAGCGUUGCUUUCCUCUGCGGCCUGCUGUUUGCGAUCUCCGCUGUCCAGGCCAAUCCUGCAGAGGAGAAGCGUCAGAUCGAUAGUGUGGUUGAUACCAUUACUUCCGAUGCUGGCUCCGUUUUCUCAAUUGCGACCUCUGGAGCCGAAGCCGGCCAUGCUUAUACUGUGGUCACUUCUGCGGGGGGUGAGGCGAUUACUCUGGCUACCAGUGGCGGAGGAGUCGUCACAUCAUUCGGUGGCUCGGUGUAUACAGAAGCUACUGGCAACAUUGGUACUGCUGUGAGCGGUGCUUCGUCAUCGGCCACGGCUUCCGCGACUUCUGUUGCCUCUUCAACAAGCUCAUCAAGUGCCGCCAUGGGGUUGCAUUCAUUGGAUGUUUCGACGUCUCUGCUAGCUAGUAUGGCUGUCACGUUGGGCGGUGUGGUUUUCGGUGCCUUCGUUACCUUGUGA